UAUCAUUAAGAUGUUCAUGGGCUCCAUGUUCAACGUAGUAGGAUCCUGUGUGGUUAUACUGAUCGCUACUCCGCUGGUGGCUAUUAUCAUACCUCCCCUGGGAAUACUCUACUUCUUUGUCCAGGUUGGUCGCUGAGGGGGGAGGGAGGUAGGGAGAGAGAGAGAGAGAGAGGGAGGGAGAGAGAGAGAGAGAGGGAGGAGGGAGGAGGAGGGAGGGAGGGAGAGAUGCAUACCACUUUUCCUGUUUUCCUACUCACUGUGCUUUUAUAUCCCUCCCUCCAUUCCAUCCCUCCCUCCAUUCCAUCCCUCCCUCCCUCCAUUCCAUCCCUCCCUCCCUCCAUUCCAUCCCUCCCUCCCUCCAUUCCAUCCCUCCCUCCAUUCCAUCCCUCCCUCCCUCCAUUCCAUCCCUCCCUCCCUCCAUUCCAUCCCUCCCUCCCAUUCCAUCCCUCCCUCCCCUCCCUCCAUUCCCAUCCCUCCCUCCAUUCCAUCCCUCCCUCCCUCAUUCCAUCCCUCCCUCCCUCCAUUCCAUCCCUCCCUCCCUCCAUUCCAUCCCUCCCUCCAUUCCAUCCCUCCCUCCAUUCCAUCCCUCCCUCCCUCCCUCCAUUCCAUCCCUCCCUCCAUCCAUCCCUCCCUCCCUCCAUUCCAUCCCUCCCUCCAUUCCAUCCCUCCCUCCCUCCAUUCCAUCCCUCCCUCCAUUCCAUCCCUCCCUCCAUUCCAUCCCUCCCUCCCCACAGCGUUUCUACGUGGCGUCGUCUCGUCAGUUGAAGCGUCUGGAGUCAGUCAGUCGUUCCCCGGUCUACACACACUUCAACGAGACGUUGCUAGGGACCAGCGUCAUCAGAGCCUUUGGGGAGCAGGAACGCUUCAUCAGGGAGAGCGAUGGUCGAGUUGACCACAACCAGAAAGCAUACUACCCCAGCAUCGUAGCCAACCGGUGAGGAGCGUGGCCAUCACAUGCACACACACACACCCCUACACAUUUAUUGGUUAAAUCAAUAAGUCAUUUUGAGAUAUAAUUUUUAUUUAAUUUUUUAUAUCCGUACUAAUGAGACCUGGUCAACAUUUAUAGCAGGUAUUAUUAACAUUCAACUGUCCACCUUUUCUUUCACAUGAAACAGUAUGUGUUUAUAAUCUGUGUUGUUGGUGGCUGGCGGUGCGUCUGGAGUUUGUAGGGAACUGUAUCGUAAUGUUUCUAAUAUCUCUCUGUGUUGUAGGUGGCUGGCGGUGCGUCUGGAGUUUGUAGGGAACUGUAUCGUAAUGUUUCUAAUAUCUCUCUGUGUUGUUGGUGGCUGGCGGUGCGUUCUGGAGUUUGUAGGGAACUGUAUCGUAAUGUUUCUAAUAUCUCUCUGUGUUGUUGGUGGCUGGCGGUGCGUCUGGAGUUUGUAGGGAACUGUAUCGUAAUGUUUCUAAUAUCUCUCUGUGUUGUAGGUGGCUGGCGGUGCGUCUGGAGUUUGUAGGGAACUGUAUCGUAAUGUUUGCUGCUCUGUUUGCUGUGAUGGCUAGAGAGAGCCUCAGCCCUGGGAUCAUGGGCCUGUCCAUCUCAUACGCACUACAGGUCAGUAAUGCGUUUAUGUGUGUGUGUGUGGACAGGGGGUGACUGUGUGAACGGACACUGGAACCCUAGGACUCUGUUUCAUUACAAAAACAGAAGAGUUACCUUCAUUCUUUGGUUUAGUUUCACAGCCAGUUACCCUCAAGAACACAGGCAGUGGAUGAAUAAUGAUCUUCAUGUUAAAGAUGAACCUUGUGUUUUUGGGAAACUCACCCCCAGGUUGUUUAACCUUGUCAGUCCCGAGACCUCAGCAAAAAUCGGCUUUUCAUUGAUCUCUUUCAUUUAUCUGCAGUCCUUAUAUUUCGCCUCACAAUGAGGUGUUUUACCAUUUUCUUUUCAGGACAACAAGUAGAACACUAAACAAUUUAACAUAAACAGUUGCAUUCAUGAGGUCCGUCAAAGCAAAAACCUGAUCAAAAUGAAUUUAUAUGAGUGCUGUUAGUACAGAACAUGUUUGGUCAGUGGGAAAUUAAUGUCCAACUAGUCAGUGACCACUGUGUGGAGUUUGUGACAGCAACUAUUUGAGCUUAUUAUAGACACUAUGUCCUGGGAUUUCAAUGAUCUUCUAUGUAGAAGAACCCCUUACCUUCUAACGACUAUUGUGUAGCCUUUCAUAGAUAGCUUUUAAUAGUUUGUAGCUCAAACCAUUCUGACUCUACAGACGUUUUUGUAAAAAGACCCGGCCCUUCAGGAUCCGCCCUUGUCUCACAAACACCGUUCUAGCUCCGCCCCUGUUAAUCACACAGACUAAUGAUUUGUACCAAAGAAUGUAGAAGAAAUAGAUGAAUUCAAUGGUACAACCCAGAAGUCUCAAACACACAAUGUUUAAAACGGGUUAGACGUCCAAAUCACGCCAGCGUCGCAGUGGUACUCAUUGGGUUAAUGAUGUGGUCAAGCCAGUUUCUAAUGGUCUCUCUCUAAUUUCCUCUGUCUCUCUCUCUCUCUCUCUCCUCUCUCGCUCUCUCUAAUUCCCUCUCUCGCUGUCUCUCUCCAAUUCCCUCUCUCUGAAUCCCUCUGUCUGUCUCUCUCUCGCUCUCUCCUCUCUGCCUCAUUCUCUCUCCGCCUCUCUCUCUGCCUCUCUCUCUCUCUCUCUCUCUGCCUCUCUGCCCCUCUCUCUCUCUGUCUCUCUGCCCCUCUCUCUCUCUCUCUCUCUGCCCCUCUCUCUGUCUCUCUGCCCCUCUCUCUCUCUUGCCCCCCUCUUCUCUGUCUCUCUGCCCCUCUCUCUCUUCUCUGCCCCCUGCCCCUUCUCUGUCUCUCUGCCCCUCUCUCUGCCCCUCUCUAUGUCUCUCUGCCCCUCUCUCUGUCUCUCUGCCCCUCUCUCUGUCUCUCUGCCCCUCUCUCUGUCUCUCUGCCCCUCUCUCUGUCUCUCUGCCCCCCCCCUCUCUCUCUCUCUCUCUCUCUCUCUCUGCCCCUCUCUGUCUCUCUUUCUCUCUGUCUCUGUCUCUGUCUCUCUCUCUCUCUGUCUCUCUGUCUUUGUCUCUGUGUCUCUGUCUCUGUCUCUGUCUCUCCGUCUCUUUCUCUGUCUCUGUCUCUCUGUCUCUUUCUCUGUCCUCUCUCUCUCUCUCUCUCUCUCUCUCUCUCUCUCUCUCUCUCUGUCUCUCCUCUCUCUGUCUUUCUCUCUGUCUCUCUCUCUGUCUUUCUCUCUCUCUCUGUCUCUGUCUCUGUGUCCUGUAGCUGACAGCCUCUCUGACCUGGCUAGUGAGGAUGUCUUCAGAUCUGGAAACCAACAUCGUGGCCGUGGAGAGAGUCAAGGAGUACGAAGACACAGAGAAAGAGGUACGUGACUGUGACUCUGAAUAUCUAUACUAUAUAUAUAUACGUGACUCUGUAUAACUAUACUAUACUAUAUAUAUACGUGACUGUAUAUAACUAUACUAUAUAUAUAUGUGACUGACUGUAUAACUAUACUAUACUAAAUAAGUCGGAAGUUUACAUACACUUAGGUUGGAGUCAUUAAAACUCGUUUUUCAACGACUCCACAAAUUUCUUGUUAACAAACUAUAGUUUUGGCAAGUCAGUUAGGACAUCUACUUUGUACAUGACACAAGUAAUUUUUCCAACAAUUGUUUACAGACAGAUUAUUUUACUUAUAAUUCACUGUAUCACAAUUCCUGUGGGUCAGAAGUUUACAUACACUAAGUUGACUGUGCCUUUAAACAGCUUGGAAAAUUCCAGAAAAUGAUGUCAUGGCUUUAGAAGCUUCUGAUAGGCUAAUUGACAUCAUUUGAGUCAAUUGGCGGUGUACCUGUGGAUGUAUUUCAAGGCCUACCUUCAAACUAAGUGCCUUUUUGCUUGACAACAUGGGAAAAUCAAAAGAAAUCAGCCAAGUUGUAGUUGUUUUUUUUACACCUCCACAAGUCUGCUUCAUCCUUGGGAGCAAUUUUCAAAUGCCCUGAAGGUACCACGUUCACCUGUACAAACAAUAGUACGCAAGUAUAAACACCAUGGGACAACGCAGUCGUCAUACCGCUCAGGAAAGAGACGCGUUCUGUCUCCUAGAGAUGAAUGUACUUUGGUGCGGAAAGUGCAAAUCAAUCCCAGAACAACAGCAAAGGACCGUGUGAAGAUGCUGGAGGAAACAGGUACAAAAGUAUCUAUAUCCACAGUAAAACGAGUCCUAUAUCAACAUAACCUGAAAGGACGCUCAGCAAGGAAGAAGCCACUGCUCCAAAACCGCCAUAAAAAAGCCAGACUACAGUUUGCAACUGCACAUGGGGACAAAGAUCGUACUUUUAGGAGAAAUGUCCUCUGGUCUGAUGAAACAAAAAUAGAACUGUUUGGCCAUAAAGACCAUUGUUAUGUUUGGAGGAAAAAGGGGGUAGCUUGCAAGCCGAAGAACACCAUCCCAACCGUGAAGCACGGGGGUGGCAGCAUCAUGCUGUGGGGGUGCUUUGCUGCAGGAGGGACUGGUGCACUUCACAAAAUAGAUGGCAUCAUGAGGAAGGAAAAUGAUGUGGAUAUAUUGAAGAAACAUCUCAAGACAUUAGUCAGGAAGUUAAAGCUUGGUCGCAAAUGGGUCUUCCAAAUAGAUAAUGACCCCAACCAUACUUUCAAAGUUGUGGCAAAAUGGCUUAAGGACAACAAAGUCAAGGUAUUGGAGUGGCCAUCACAAAGCCCUGACCUCAAUCCUAUAGAAAAUUUGUGGGCAGAACUGAAAAAGCGUGUGCGAGCAAGGAGGCCUACAAACCUGACUCUGUCAGGAGGAAUGGGCCAAAAUUCACCCAACUUAUUGUGGGAAGCUUGUGGAAGGCUACCCGAAAUGUUUGACCCAAGUUAAACAAUUUUAAAGGCAAUGCUACCAAAUACUAAUUGAGUGUAUGUAAACUUCUGACCCACUGGGAAUGUGAUGAAAGAAAUGAAAGCUGAAAUAAAUCAUUCUCUCUACUAUUAUGCUGACAUUUCACAUUCUUAAAAUAAAGUGGUGAUUCUAACUGACCUAAGACAGGGAAUUUUUACUAGGAUUAAAUGUCAGGAAUACAUUGUUUACUGAGUUUAAAUGUAUUUGGCUAAGGUGUAUGUAAACUUCUGACUUCAACUGUAUAUACGUGACUGUGACUGUAUAUAACUAUACUAUACUAUAUACAGUGGGGGAAGAGUGAAGGAAAGGCAGCCAACAAGUGAGCAUACAGUGGGGAAAAAAGUAUUUAGUCAGCCACCAAUUGUGCAAGUUCUCCCACUUAAAAAGAUGAGAGAGGCCUGUAAUUUUCAUCAUAGGUACACGUCAGCUAUGACAGACAAAAUGAGAUUUUUUUUUCCAGAAAAUCACAUUGUAGGAUUCUUUAUGAAUUUAUUUGCAAAUUAUGGUGGAAAAUAAGUAUUUGGUCAAUAACAAAAGUUUCUCAAUACUUUGUUAUAUACCCUUUGUUGGCAAUGACACAGGUCAAACGUUUUCUGUAAGUCUUCACAAGGUUUUCACACACUGUUGCUGGUAUUUUGGCCCAUUCCUCCAUGCAGAUCUCCUCUAGAGCAGUGAUGUUUUGGGUCUGUCGCUGGGCAACACGGACUUUCAACUCCCUCCAAAGUUUUCUAUGGGGUUGAGAUCUGGAGACUGGCUAGGCCACUCCAGGACCUUGAAAUGCUUCUUACGAAGCCACUCCUUCGUUGGCCGGGCGGUGUGUUUGGGAUCAUUGUCAUGCUGAAAGACCCAGCCACGUUUAAUCUUCAAUGCCCUUGCUGAUGGAAGGAGGUUUUCACUCAAAAUCUCAUGAUACAUGGCCCCAUUCAUUCUUUCCUUUACACGGAUCAGUCGUCCUGGUCCCUUUGCAGAAAAACAGCCCCAAAGCAUGAUGUUUCUACCCCCAUGCUUCACAGUAGGUAUGGUGUUCUUUGGAUGCAACUCAGCAUUCUUUGUCCUCCAAACACGACGAGUUGAGUUUUUACCAAAAGUUCUAUUUUGGUUUCAUCUGACCAUAUGACAUUCUCCCAAUCCUCUUCUGGAUCAUCCAAAUGCACUCUAGCAAACUUCAGACGGGCCUGGACAUGUACUGGCUUAAGCAGGGGGACACGUCUGGCACUGCAGGAUUUGAGUCCCUGGCGGCGUAGUGUGUUACUUAUGGUAGGCUUUGUUACUUUGGUCCCAGCUCUCUGCAGGUCAUUCACUAGGUCCCCCCGUGUGGUUCUGGGAUUUUUGCUCACCGUUCUUGUGAUCAUUUUGACCCCACGGGGUGAGAUCUUGCGUGGAGCCCCAGAUCGAGGGAGAUUAUCAGUGGUCUUGUAUGUCUUCCAUUUCCUAAUAAUUGCUCCCACAGUUGAUUUCUUCAAACCAAGCUACUUACCUAUUGCAGAUUCAGUCUUCCCAGCCUGGUGCAGGUCUACAAUUUUGUUUCUGGUGUCCUUUGACAGCUCUUUGGUCUUGGCCAUAGUGGAGUUUGGAGUGUGACUGUUUGAGGUUGUGGACAGGUGUCUUUUAUACUGAUAACAAGUUCAAACAGGUGCCAUUAAUACAGGUAACGAGUGGAGGACAGAGGAGCCUCUUAAAGAAGAAGUUACAGGUCUGUGAGAGCCAGAAAUCUUGCUUGUUUGUAGGUGACCAAAUACUUAUUUUCCACCAUAAUUUUUGCAAAAAAAUUCAUAAAUAAUCCUACAAUGUUAUUUUCUGGAAUUUUUUUCUCAAUUUGUCUGUCAUAGUUGACGUGUACCUAUGAUGAAAAUUACACGCCUCUCAUCUUUUUAAGUGGGAGAACUUGCACAAUUGGUGGCUAACUAAAUACUUUUUUUCCCCACUGUAUAUAUACGUGACUGUGACUGUAUAGAACUAUACUAUAUAUAUACAUGACUGUGUAUAACUAUACUAUAUAUAUAUAUACAUACGUGACUGUGACUGUAUAAAACUAUACUAUACUAUAUAUAUAUAUAUACACGUGACUGUGUAUAACUAUGCUAUAUAUAUACGUGACUGUGUAUAACUAUACUAUAUACAGUGAGGGAAAAAAGUAUUUGAUCCCCUGGUGAUUUUGUACGUUUGCCCACUGACAAAGACAUGAUCAGUCUAUCAUUUUAAUGGUAGGUUUAUUUGAACAGUGAGAGACAGAAUAACAACAACAAAAAAUCCAGAAAAACGCAUGUCAAAAAUGUUAUAAAUUGAUUUGGGAAAUAAGUAUUUGACCCCUCUGCAAAACAUGACUUAGUACUUGGUGGCAAAACCCUUGUUGGCAAUCACAGAGGUCAGACGUUUCUUGUAGUUGGCCACCAGGUUUGCACACAUCUCAGGAGUGAUUUUGUCCCACUCCUCUUUGCAGAUCUUCUCCAAGUCAUUAAGGUUUCGAGCCUGACGUUUGGCAACUCGAACCUUCAGCUCCCUCCACAGAUUUUCUAUGGGAUUAAGGUCUGGAGACUGGCUAGGCCACUCCAGGACCUUAAUGUGCUUCUUCUUGAGCAACUCCUUUGUUGCCUUGGCCGUGUGUUUUGGGUCAUUGUCAUGCUGGAAUACUUAUCCACGGCCCAUUUUCAAUGCCCUGGUUGAGGGAAGGAGGUUCUCACCCAAGAUUUGACGGUACAUGGCCCCGUCAAUCCCCCCUUUGAUGCGGUGAAGUUGUCCUGUCCCCUUAGCAGAAAAACAACUCCAAAGCAUAAUGUUUCCACCUCCAUGUUUGACAGUGGGGAUGGUGUUCUUGGGGUCAUAGGCAGCAUUCCUCCUCCUCCAAACACGGCGAGUUGAGUUGAUGCCAAAGAGCUCGAUUUAUCUGACCACAACACUUUUACCCAGUUCUCCUCUGAAUCAUUCAGAUGUUCAUUGGCAAACUUCAGACGGGCCUGUAUAUGUGUUUCUUGAGCAGGGGGACCUUGCGGGCGCUGCAGGAUUUCAGUCCUUCACGGCGUAGUGUGUUACCAAUUGUUUUCUUGGUGACUAUGGUCCCAGCUGCCUUGAGAUCAUUGACAAGAUCCUCCCGUGUAGUUCUGAGCUGAUUUCUCAUUGCAACUCCACGAGGUCUCCCCCUGGCCGAGGGAGAUUGACAGUUAUUUUGUGUUUCUUCCAUUUUGCAAAUAAUCGCACCAACUGUUGUCACCUUCUCACCAAGCUGCUUGGCGAUGGUCUUGUAGCCCAUUCCAGCCUUGUGUAGGUCUACAAUCUUGUCCCUGACAUCCUUGGAGAGCUCUUUGGUCUUGGCCAUGGUGGAGAGUUUGGAAUCUGAUUGAUUGAUUGCUUCUGUGGACAGGUGUCUUUUAUACAGAUAACAAGCUGAGAUUAGGAGCACUCCCUUUAAGAGUGUGCUCCUAAUCUCAGCUCGUUACCUGUAUAAAAUACACCUGGGAGCCAGAAAUCUUUCUGAUUGAGAGGAGGUCAAAUACUUAUUUCCCUCAUUAAAAUACAAAUCAAUUUAUAACAUUUUUGACAUGCGUUUUUCUGGAUUUUUUUGUUGUUAUUCUGUCUCUCACUGUUCAAAUAAACCUACCAUUAAAAGUAUAGGGGCGGCAGGUAGCUUAGUGGUUAAGAGCGUUGUGCCAGUAACCGAAAGGUCGCUGGUUCUAAUCCCCGAGCCAACUAGGUGAAAAAUCUGUCGAUGUGCCCUUGAGCAAGGCACUUAACCCUAAUUGCUCCUGUAAGUCGCUCUGGAUAAGAGCGUCUGCUAAAUAAUGUAAAAUGUAAAAUGUAUAGACUGAUCAUUUCUUUGUCAGUGGGCAAACGUACAAAAUCAGCAGGGGAUCAAAUACUUUUUUCCCUCACUGUAUAGACGUGACUGUGACUGUAUAUAACUAUACUAUACUAUAUAUAUAUACGUGACUGUGUUUGUGUGACUAUGGCUGUGUGACUGCUUGAUUUUGCUGCGGCGAUGAUAUGAGAUUAAUUUGACUGAUUUGACUGUUUUAUGCAGAAAUAAUACAGUGAUUGGUCAAAUUUGCAAGCCCUCGCAUAAUAUGCAGGGAAUUGUUGAUAUUGCAAAAAAAGUUGCGAUCCCGGAAUCCUGGAGGGGCUGAUAAUACUCUGUGUGUACAUGGGAACUCUGUGUGUACAUGGGAACUCUGUUUGUGUAUAACUCUUGGUGUGUGUGUGUAUAACUCUUGGUGUGUGUGUGUAUAACUCUUGGUGUGUGUGUGUAGAACUCUUGGUGUGUGUGUAGAACUCUUGGUGUGUAUAACUCUUGGUGUGUGUGUAUAACUCUUGGUGUGUGUGUAUAACUCUUGGUGUGUGUGUAUAACUCUUGGUGUGUGUGUAUAACUAUUGGUGUGUAUGUGUGUAUAACUCUUGGUGUGUGUGUAUAACUCUUGGUGUGUAUGUGUGUAUAACUAUUGGUGUGUGUGUGUAUAACUCUUGGUGUGUGUGUAUAACUCUUGGUGUGUGUGUGCGUAACUUUUGGUGUGUGUGUAUAACUCUUGGUGUGUGUGUGUGUAUAACUCUUGGUGUGUGUGUAACUCUAUUUGUCCCCUCCCAGGCGGACUGGAGACAUGACCCAUCAUCUCUGCCUCCAGGCUGGCCCACAGCAGGCAACAUAGACAUCAGAGGGUUUGGUCUGAGAUACAGAGAGGACCAGGAACUGGCCGUACGCAACAUCACCGUAGCCAUCCACGGAGGAGAGAAGGUAUGUGAUGGUGGGGGCUGUGUAACAGGAGUGAUCAGGCUGUGUAACAGGAAUGAUUAGGCUGUGUAACAGGAAUGAUUAGGCUGUGUAACAGGAGUGAUUAGGCUGUGUAACAGGAGGGAUUAGGCUGUGUAACAGGAGGGAUCAGGCUGUGUAACAGGAGUGAUCAGGCUGUGUAACAGGAAGGAUCAGGCUGAGUAACAGGAGGGAUCAGGCUGAGUAACAGAAGGGAUCAGGCUGUGUAACAGGAGGGAUCAGGCUGUGUAACAGGAGGGAUCAGGCUGAGUAACAGGAGUGAUCAGGCUGUGUAACAGGAGGGAUCAGGCUGUGUAACAGGAGGGAUCAGGCUGUGUAACAGGAAUGAUUAGGCUGUGUAACAGGAGUGAACAUGUGAAUAAAUAUGAUUCAUACUGUUGCAAAAUCCGAAACCAAGAGAGUUAGCUUGUUAGCCUUAAGCCGAUGUCACAUGAAGCAAUCUGGACGCCAUUUAUGUUGCUUGAAACAAAGUUGCAUCUGGGUUGCUCAGUGUGUCACCCCCAUAAAAAUUGCUUGCAAUUUAGUUGCAUUGCAUCGCAAGAGAUAGAUAUCAAUCCUAUUUCACACAACUAACUAUAUGCAAUGUCCAAUCAGUGAGCAGACAACAGUUUAAAUAACUCGACAUAUCGUUCUGUACGGAAGUCUGACCUAGUUGUCAUGUUUACACAGCUGUCAGUGCAGCUGCAAACCACGACAAAACAGACAUGCGAAAUGGGAAAUGUAAAAACUAUUCUAGACUUCCUACCUAGUCGUGGUUUAUGUACAUGGUCUGGCAGUCAAUAAAUGUCAUUUUAAAAGUGAACCCAGACCUUUCUCUGUCCAGUUUCAACUGCAAUUGUCCAACAUGACUGCACUAGCUAGCUAGCUAACGUUCGCUAGCUUAGCUCGUCGCUAGCUUGGUAAAACAUGGUUGGCAAAUAUGUAAUAUUUUGUCUAGCUAGCUAAUUUGUACAGCCAGCAUUUAGUCUACAUCGAUGCUGUUACAAUUACCAAACGUUUGGAUAAACCAAUAAUUUAUGAAACCGUGAUGUAUGACAUGAUUGAAUGUUGCAUGCAAUUUCAAUUGCGUUUUAAUUGCUUCGUGUAUCAGCAAAGUUGCUUGAGAUGAUGUCACUUGCAAUUUGCAACAGAAAUUGCGUCCAAAUAGCUUUGUGUGACACAGGCUUUAACCGUAAGGGGGAAAACGGUUGCAUACCAGCCACGUAGGGGUUCAUGGAUGGAUGCCAUCAUUGUGAGGAAAAUAUCAUUUUUAUUUUACAUUUUAGUCAUUUAGCAGACGCUCUUAUCCAGAGCGACUUACAGUUAGUGAGUGCAUACAUUUUUCAUACUGAGCAUGGAUGCUUUGCUGUGGCUGUUCUUCUUCAUCGGUGGCACUAUCGUAGCUAUCCAGUAUGCAACUCUGCAUGCCCAGCUAGUGUUAGCAUGGUGGCUAAGUGUGACAUGUUUUCUUUUGAGAAAUGCUAACUGUCCACUGGCUUAGUAAUGACAGUCGUUCACUAUUGUGUUCCAGGUGGGUAUAGCAGGUUGUACAGGAGCAGGGUAGUGACUGUGUUGAUGAUGUUGUUGUUCCUGGUGGGUAUAGUAGGUCGUACAGGAGCAUGGUAGUGACUGUUGUUGUUGAUGUUGUUGUUGUUGUUGUUCCUGGUGGGUAUAUAGGUCGUACAGGGCAGGGUCGUGCCUGUGUUGUUGAUGUGUUGUUCUGGUGGGUAUGUAGGUCGUACAGGAGCAGGGUAGUGCCUGUUGUUGUUGAUGGUGUUGUUCCUGGUGGUUUAUUAGUAGGUCCGUACAGGCAGCAGGGUAGUGACUGUUGUUGUGUGGUUGUUGUCCUGGUGGGUAUAGUAGGUUACAGGAGCAGGUAGUGACUGUGUGUGUUGUUGUGUGUUGUUCCGGUGGGUAUAGUAGGUCGUACAGGAGCAGGUAGUGCUGUUGUUGUUGAUGUUGUUGUUGUUGUGUUCCUGGUGGGUAUAGUAGGUCGUACAGGAGCAGGGUAGUGACUGUUGUGAUUGUUGAUGAUGUUUUGUUGUUGUUGUUGUUCCUGGUGGGUAUAGUAGGUCGUACAGGAGCAGGGUAGUGCCUGUUGUUGAGAUGUUGUUGUUGUUGUUCCUGGUGGGUAUAGUAGGUCGUACAGGAGCAGGGUAGUGCCUGUUGUUGUUGAUGUUGUUGUUGUUCCUGGUGGGUAUAGUAGGUGGUACAGGAGCAGGGUAGUGACUGUUGUUGUUGGUGUUGUUGUUCCUGGUGGUUAUAGUAGGUCGUACAGGAGCAGGGUAGUGCCUGUUGUUGAAGUGUUGAAGAGUUGGUAUGUUUUGUUGUUCCUGUUGGGGUAUAGUAGGUUGUACAGGAGAGCAGGGUAGUGCCUGUUGGUUGUUGAUGUUUGUUGUUGUUCCUGGUGGGUAUAGUUAGGUGGUACAGGAAGCCAGGGGUAUAGUGACCUGUUGUUUGUUUGUGUGUUGUUCCAAUGGUGGGGAUAUAGUAGGUCGUACAGGAGAGCGUAGUGACUGUUGUUGGUUUGAUUGUUGUUUGUUGUUUGUUCCUGGUGGGUAUAGAUAGGGUCAUACAGGAGCAGGGUAGAGUGACUGUUUGUUGGUUGAUGUUGUUGUUGUUGUUGUUGUUCCAGGUGGGUAUAGUAGGUCGUACAGGAGCAGGGAAGUCGUCUCUGACUCUAGGAUUGUUCCGCAUCAUCGAGGCGUGUGAGGGAGAGAUUCAUAUAGACGGAGUUAACAUCGCUACGCUGGGCCUACAUGAGCUACGCUCCAGGAUCACCAUCAUACCUCAGGUACACACCCACCUGCCCAUGCAUACACACAGACUCAAACUAACCCACACUCUUUUGCACAAAUGCCAUAUUUAAAACAUCUUUAUUUUCCCCCUCUUUCCAUCUCUCCCCCUCUUCCCCACCCCCACUCUUCCACUCGCCCCCACAUCCUCUCUGUCCCUCACCCAUCUCCCUCCCCCUUUCUCUCUCUCUCCUCUCUCCCCCCUCCUCUCUCCCCCCUCCUCUCUCCCUCUCUCCCCCCUCCUCUCUCCCUCUCUCCCCCCUCCUCUCUCCCUCCUCUCUCCCCCCUCCUCUCUCUCUCUCUCUCGCUCCUCUCUCUCCCUCUCCCUCUCUCCCCCCUCCUCUCUCUCUCUCUCCCCCCUCCCCCCUCCAGGACCCAGUGUUGUUCUCCGGCUCUCUGAGGAUGAAUCUGGACCCCUUCGAUGGCUACUCUGAUGAGGAGGUGUGGAGAGCCCUGGAGCUCUCCCAUCUCAAGAGCUUUGUGUCGGGCCUGCCGGACAAACUCAACCACGAGUGUUCAGAGGGAGGAGAGAACCUCAGGUACACAAGGCUACAUAGUACUACACACACCAUGCAUAGUACUACAUACACCAUCCAUAGUACUACAUGCACCAUCCAUAGUACUACAUACACCAUCCAUAGUACUACAUACACCAUACAUAGUACUACAUACACCAUACAUAGUACUACAUACACCAUCCAUAGUACUGCAUACACCAUCCAUAGUACUACAUACACCAUCCAUAGUACUACAUACACCAUCCAUAGUACUACAUACACCAUCCAUAGUACUACAUACACCAUCCAUAGUACUACAUACACCAUCCAUAGUACUGCAUACACCAUCCAUAGUACUGCAUACACCAUCCAUAGUACUACAUACACCAUCCAUAGUACUACAUACACCAUCCAUAGGCCUACAUACACCAUCCAUCACCAUCCUGGUACAUACACCAUUCAUAGUCCUACAUCACUUACCUACACAGUCUUUCUUACUCGUCCUUCUCACUCCUUCUCUCUCUCUUCCUCUCUCUCUCUCACGUCUCUGUCUCUCUUUCUCUUCUCUCUGCUCUUCUUCUUCCUUUCUCUUUCUCGUCUCUCUCAUCUCUCUCUCUUCUCCUUUCUUCUACUUCCUCUCUCAUCCCUCUCUCUCUCCUUCUCAUCUCUCUCUCUCCUUCCAUCUCUCUCUCUCUCCUCUUAUUAACAUCUCUCUCUCCCUCUCUCCUCUCUCAUCCUUCUCUUCUCUCUCUCUCUCUCCUGUCUUAUUAACAUCUUCUCUCUCUCCCUCUCUCCAGUCUGGGUCAGCGCCAGCUGGUGUGUCUGGCCCGAGCCCUCCUGAGGAAGACUAAGAUCCUGGUUCUGGAUGAGGCCACAGCUGCUGUGGACCUGGAGACAGACAACCUGAUCCAGUCCACCAUCAGAACUCAGUUUGAUGACUGCACUGUCCUGACCAUCGCACACAGACUCAAUACUAUCAUGGACUUACACCAGGUAAUAUACAGUUCUAUAUGAAAACACACACACAUUCUCUCCAUCUCUCUCUCUCUCUCAUCUCUCUCUCUCUCUCUCGCAUCCUCUCUCUCUCAUCCCUCUCUCUCAUCCCUCUCUCUCUCAUAUCUCUCUCUCUCGCUCUCUUAUCUCUCUCAUCUCUCUCUCUCUCAUCUCAUCUCUCUCUCAUCUCAUCUCAUCUCUCUCAUCUCAUCUCUCUCGCUCUCAUCUCUCUCGCUCUCUCUCGCUCUCUCUCGCUCUCUCAUCUCUCUCAUCUCUCUCUCAUCUCAUCUCUCUCGCUCUAAUCUCUCUCGCUCUCUAUCGCUCUCUAUCCUCUCUCAUAUCGCUCUCUCUUCUCAGAUCUCUCUCCUCUCUCUCUCUAUCUCCUCAAUAGAUCUCCUCUCCUCUUACCUCCUCAGAGUGCGAGUCUGGAUAAAGGGGAGAUGGCUGAGUUUGACUCUCCCUCCACUCUCAUCACCAAGAGAGGAUUUCUACAAGAUGGCUAAAGACUCUGGACUGGUCUGAGGGGCGGACGGGAGAGGACAGGAGCUUAAAGACUACAUCCCUUCUUACAGAGCACUCCUCCUCCGAUCCCCUGACCGGGAGGCUGUGCAGGGAAGAGGUAGCAGCGAGAGAGUUUCUAAGGAUUUCAAUGUUUCUGACUGUUAAGUGUGUGCAAAUUAUGGGAGCACUCUACCUCCACUUCUUCCCCCAUCCUUCCACCCCUCCCUCUCCCUACUACAGAAUGUGUAAAGGAUUCACUCCACUGAACCUGAUGCUGCUGCUUCUCCAGGACAAAUCCCUUCCAACAACUGUUACUGUUUCUCCAACACUCUGUUUCUUCAACUCUCCUUAAACGGGCGUCUGGAUGUUUUCAAGAUUCCCUUCAUCUUGCAGAAUUUAUCCGCUCCGGUUUGCCGUUGUGGGAAGUCGGAUGUUCGGUCAGAAGGCCAUC